AGGAGGACAUCACCACCGUCAGCAGGGCCAGUAGUAAACACGCCCCGUCAGAUCCUGCUGCUCUCCUCGCUGCAAUGUCCGCUGCUGCUGCUGCUGCUGCUGCCUCCUACACCUGCAUCACCUCUCCCCUGCUGCUGGCCAUUUGACAAUUUUCACAGAAGAGCCAAUGUGGAGUUAGUGCCUCGUCCACUAGACCGUCCACACACCUCUGCCUCUGAUGCCACACUAACCUUCCCGCCGCCGCCGCUGCUGCCGCCGCCAUGGAUUUUGAGAGUCCCGAUGUGGAGAAGGAGUUCCCCGGCCUCUAUGCCUCCGAGUCUUCCCGCCGCAGCGAUAGUGACUAUGGGGACAGCACACACGAACGAGGAGGGAAGAAGGAACUGCUGAGGAACAAGAAGAAGGACAAGAAGGAGAAGAACAAGGACAAAGGAUACGCUGCUUUGGGUGAAGACAGUUCCCUUGACGAGAUGGAUCCCUUAGAUACCAGAAGUCCGCUGAAACCAAAGAAACAGAAAUCCUUCAAAUUCCUUCACAAGAGAGAGAAGGAAGAGAAGGAGGAGAGGAAGGAAGAGAAGAAGAAGGAGAAGGAAGAGAGAAAGAUCGACAAGAGGAAAGAGAAAGAAAAGGAGAAGGAGGAGAGAAGAAGAGAAAAAGAAGAGAAGAAGAAAGUGAAGAAGGAGAAGAAGAAAAAACAUGAUGAACCAGAUGAAGAGGAGGUGGCAGUGUUUGGAGUGGCCCUGAGUGAAGCAGUGCAGAGGUGUCCAGCGCACGACGGCAUCCACCUUCCUGCCAUUGUGAGGGAGUGCAUUGACCAGAUUGAGGAGAGAGGGCUGCACUGUGAGGGGAUCUACCGGCUGAGUGGAGUGAAAAGCAAAGUGCAACACCUCCGACACCAGUACAACACUGGCGAGGCUGUCAGGCUGGCGGACCACGAGCCUCAUGUCAUCGCUUCACUCCUCAAACAGUAUCUCAGGGAACUCCCCGAACCGGUGCUAACGGUGGACAUGAUGCCACACUUUGAGGACGUGGCCAUGAUCCCGAACCCUGGGGAGCGCGCUGAGGCCAUGCGCCAACUCAUCGACCGCCUUCCCACCGCCAACAGACUCCUGCUGCAGUAUAUGUUCAAACACAUGGGACACAUCAUUGCCAGGGAGGCAGACACCAAGAUGACCUACCAGAACGUAAGCAUUGUGUUGUCGCCAACCAUGCAGAUCUCACACAGGGUCCUCAAUGUGCUCUUCCUCAACCAUGCAUACCUCUUUGGGGGGGUGGCCAUCAAAAAAUACAUCCCCCCCAUUGGUAGCGGAGUGUCGGAGCGAACGGUGGAUCAACUGCGGACUGUGGCGGAGAUUGAGGCAGAGAUGAUGAAGCAAGAGUCACUUCUGGGCCACUUGCACGCUCAAGUGGCGGCCGGGAACGUGUCGCGGCGCAAGGAGGAGAGUCUGUGGGAGGCCCAGCGCAUUGUUACACUACUCAAGAGAAAGCUACGGUCGGCACAGCGGAGAGAGGAGGAGGAGAAGCAGCGGAAACAAGGCAGUGUGGAGCAGCGGAAGGUGGAGUUAAUGGAGAAGGAGUCCACCUCAGAGGAGUCCCAGCGUGAACAUGAGGAUGAGGACCCUGGGAUGACCUUGAAGGGUGGAGCGCUUGUUUCAGAUGAUAGCAGCAAGCAGGAAGGGAGUGAGAGGAGCGAGAGAAGUGAGAGAAGUGAGAGAAGUGAAAGCCAGGGCCACCAAGACACCACCACCACCACUGCCACCACCAGUAAUGUGACAGUGAUGCAGGUGGAGGAGGCGGUGGUGAGUGGUGGUGAGCAGGAGGGUGUCAAUGUGGUGGUGCCUUGCCAUGCCAUCCCAGCGCCACCCAGGGUAGCCACACACAGCAAGGUGGCACUUAGCAGGGAGCCAUGUGUGGAGGUGGACGAGAGUGUGGAGGUGGCGGAACAGAAGGAGGAGGAGACGAAAGAGGAAUUAGUGAUAGAAGAGGAUAAAAAAGAGGAGGUGGAGGAGGAGGGAACAGCGAAGGAAGACAAGCAAAACAAACAAACGAACGUACCACAAGACGCUGUGAGUGUGAGUGUGAAUGUGGAGUCCGACUUGGCACCACCACCAGCGCCACAUGUGACUGUCAUCAAGGUGGUGCCGGGGACAGUGCCAGGGGUGGGUCAGGGGUCGUCAGGGCCUGCUGGGUGCUGGCCGGAGGUGAAGAGAUCCCACCAGCCAGAGGGCCCGUUCCUCGAUGACUCUGGACUGAAAGCGGCAGACAGUGAGCACCUUGCAUUGCUGGCGAAGGAGGCGCUGCUGGUGGCGGAGCACGGGGAACUCCUCUCCCUGAAUCAUGACCUCAUGCGGAAGCUGCAGGCCGAACACGCGGAAAUUAAGCGCCUUAGGGAGGAAAUACAGGAGAUGCAGACUCUCUAUGGCUACAGAACUUACUCCUACGACAGCAGUGAGAGUGAAGGCAGUGAGAGUGACGGGGAGAGUGACACAGAGGAGGACAUGCUCAAUUGGCUCAGUAUGGUCACCAAGGCCAACCGGGAACUGCAGGAGGGGAACCGUUCCUUGACUCAGCGCAUUCAGGAGGAGAGGGAGGCUGUCAUUCAGAUGAGAGUCAAGCUGCAGGAGGCACAGUGGAAGGGCUAUUCUCACGACACACCCAUCACACCCAUCUGCUAGCCCCACACACCCUCUCCCCCUUCCUCCUACCAUCCCUGCUGCUGUGAGAUGGGUGACUUGAAAGGGUGAUUCUGAAGGGUGACUCUUAAAGGUGACUCUGAAGGGUGACUCUUAAAGGUGACUCUAAAGGGUGACUUUGGGUACUAUUGUGUGUGAUGGACUUGGUGUGUUAGAGUAGAGAGGUGAUGUGGUGAUGUGUAACUCCUGCCAAGUGUGUGAGGUGUGUGUCUCAGUCCUGGUGGUGGUGUGGUGUGGUGUGGUGUGUGCAAGGAAUAUCAUCAUCACCACCACCACUAUUAGCCAAGAAAGUGGUGAUUUUGUUGAGUUGUGUUGAUAAUCUUUUGUCUAAUACACCAUCUCUCUCUUUCUCUCCGUCUCUCUCUCUAUCUCUUUCUCUGCCUCUCUGUUUGCCUGUCUAUCUCUCCAUCAAUCUUUCUGUUUUCUCAUUAAUUUUCUGCUUCUAGGGAUUAAUUUCAACUCAAUCUUCCAUUCAAAGUUUGGGAAAUUAAUAUCAACACCCUGUUCCCAAAAACACACAUUUUCAACACAUUUCAUAUAGUUUAGAAUAACGCUUUACAUUUACCAGCCUUAGUUAGUGACAGGAGAGGCUGUUGCUGGCACUGCUACUGCCCUCUGCCUCUCCUCCUCCCCCACACAUUUACUCAAGGUGAUCAGGGCAGAAUACUAAAGGGAAGUCACAAUAGGGAAGCUUACUUGACAUUGUAACACCUUCCCUAUUGAAAUAUUGCUCUGGGAAAAUGUUUUUGCUUUGGACGGCGAACAGGAAGAUGCGUUUGGGUUCCAGUUAAGCUGUUUUGUCUCUCACCAAUGAUCCUGCUGGUGCUGCUACCCUCCUAUGACCUCCUAUUUAUCCUAAUUUCUCUCCUCUCUUCCCCCUAUAUACCUAUUCCUUCUACAACACUCCUAUCAAGUUAUCUAUUUAUUUUUACUAGACUUUUUGUCCCUUUCCUCCUUGCUUCCCUCAGCCAGGACAGCCCAUCCUUCACUCUUCACUAUGUUGUCAAACCAGCGCUGUGCAUUUUACAAAACAAAGGUGGUGUGAUGUGUUCUGGUGUAUUCUGGUGUGUGGUGUGUGUGAAUGCAUAAUAGUGACUGGUGUGGUGUGGUGUGGUGGUGUGGCAGAGGACAUAAGGAGUGUGGUAGUGUGGUUACAAUAUGCCAGAGUUCAAAUCACAGCUGGAAUCUCAUCUCUAGGUGCCGAUCAGAGACAGGAACUUUCCAUUCUAUGCCAAGGUUGUGUAAGGGUGAUGCUACCUGUCCUGGACUGAAACUCUUCCCCCCUUUGUGACUAGCAGUGCUUCAGAAAAGAGGCUCAGUUGGUGUUGAGACAUGGCAGGGAAAAUAUUGCUCUCCUCUCUGCUAAUCCUCAAGGCAGAUAUAGACACACUGAGUACACCACACACUAAUAUCUUGACUUUUUUUCUAUUUAUUUUUUUAUGCAGAAGGAAAACCAGCAAAGGGCAACAAAAUAUAUAAAAAAAGGCCCACUUGAGUGCUGGCUCCCUUAAAGACUUAUGAAGAUUUAGCUGAAAUUAAGGAAAAAACGUCUUGAAUUAAGGAACUAAUGUCUUACACAAGCAGUGGUUCCGGAAUAGCUUCAGUUGGUGUCAGGACGUGGUGGGGGGAGCAUCGCACUCCUCUCUGCUGCUGCUCCUGCUGGCGUCAACACACUAAAAACGAACAAGGCCUCAACUUUUUGAUAUAUACUUAUAUUAUACAGUCUAUGUACACAGUAUGUAUAUUUAUCGUAUUUUGUCACGUCCCACAGACAUAUUUUUUCGCUUACGAGGGAAGUUUUAUCGCGUGGUAUACAUACAUAGUGGUAAUAUAUCAUACCUAACCUCCUCUUUGUUAUUAUUGUGUGUGUGUGUGUGUGUGUGUGUGAGUGUGAGUGUGAGAGAGAGAGUUUUAUUUAUCUCUUUUAUGGAUUUCUGUACAAGAGUAUUGAAUGCAAGUGUUUUGAGGAAAGUACUGUGUGUGUGUGUGUGUGUGUGUGUGUGUGUGUGUGUGUGUGUGUUUGUGUGCUUGUGUGUGUGUGUGUGUGUGAGUGUGAGUGUUACAAGCAUAAUGAAUUCAAGGGUGUUACAGGUGUGUGUGUGUGUGUGUGUGUGUGUGUGUGUGUGUGUGUGUGUGUGUGUGUGUGAGUGUUACAAGCAUAAUGAAUUCAAGGGAGUUACAGGCGUGUGUGCAUGUGUGAGUGUGUGUGCGUGCGCGCGUGUGUGUGAGUGAGUUACAAGCAAGGCAUUAUCAAGUGGUGCCUGGUGAUAGAUAAAGCUAAGUAACAUGUUUUUAAAUUGUCUGUAAGUAAAUACAUAACCUUUCUUGGGAAGGGGGGGAAAGGGAAGAUGCCGCCACACUCCUUCUCAAUGUAAAUAAACUUGCAUGGAACAAAACAAAACCACCAAAAAAAAUAAAGAAAAAAAAUCAAAUAUGUAGGUGACCUCAUAUCAAAAUAAUCAUAAUAUAGAGACAACAUAUUAUUAGAUACAUAGAGACACAUAUUUUAUCAUACAUAUUUUAAUCCCCUCGCUAAUAGUUUGUUCCUGCCCGUAUGUUUUAACUAAUGACUCAAAUAUAAUCUCAUUUUUAUGGGUUUUUUUUUCAAUGUAGUGAUGAAUUGGUUGUCUUGUCUUAGAUCUGCACUGGUUCUCUCUCCCUCUCACUCUCUCUCUCUGUCUCUGUCUCUGUCUCUCAUUUUCUUCCUCCUUAUCACAAAUUGUUUCUUCUUAUGUGUUAUGAUCUCUUAGUGUUCCUUGGGUUACGACACACACACACACACACACACACACACACACACACACACACACACAGACACAGACACACAUUAGGUACUGGCUGUGCGUACAUUAACAGGUCUGGGUGGUGUUACCUUCUCCAGUCAGACAGUGUGAGGAGUGUUCUUGAUCCCUGAGUGACGCUAAUGAGGGUUUUUCCAAGUCUCAUACUCUUCCUUUCCUCUUCUGCCUUGGUAUGUAUCACGGUCUUCAAGUGCCGCUGGUUAGGUCCAUGUUACUGUUGACUUUUAAUGGAGUGUUUUUUUCAGUUUUUAUUUAUUUUUUUAACUUAUUUUUUUGUCAGCUUGAUCUGGUUAAUGUGGAAAAGAAAAAACGGUUUUGAAGAAAGUGUUUAACGAUCUUGAUCUAUCUUGUAUGGUUUGUCAAGUGUAAGUGUUCAGGUUUGUUACAAUUAACUUUUAAUGGAAUAUUUUAUCGUUCUUUUUCUGUAUAAUUAUGUACAUUUAUGAGUCACUUGACGGCAUUAGUUUAUAAAGACUUUCUGUGAUGGGCAAGGCACCCACUGCUGUCCCCUACCAUGGUGCCAGAGGUGGUGCCAGGCCUGCCCAAAGUUUACAAAAACAGACUUAACCUCUUCAGUACUGGGACACAUUUUUAUCUUGAGAUUUGGUUACUAAUAGAUCCAUUUUAUUGACAUUAGGAAGGGUCUUUGGAGGUCAGAAGAUUAAUGGCCACAGUGUUCACUAUUUUAAUCACCCACUUGAGUUUCUGAAGCUGUAGAAAGUCACCAAAUAGUCACCAGAAUGAACAUAGAAAUGCGUCAUUUUACUGAAGGGGCUAAGUAAACACCUGGACAGAGUUGAAAUGGGUGUGCGUGCGUGUGUGCGUGUGGGGCUCUCCCGGCUUGCAGUUCACCCUCACCUCACUCUCUCUAUUCACUUGUAGCCAAGGUUAGUAGUGGAGUUGCUACAUGAAAACCAUUAUCAAAAAACUCUUGCUAGGUCGUGUGGAGUGAUUGCGGAAGUGUCCAGCUGUGCCGAUAGGUGGAUAAGCUUGCUGGGCUGCUCAACUGAUCCAUUUAGCAGUGUGGACUAUAAGUGGAAUUUGCACAGAGGGAGAAGUGUGUGCCAGGGUUUACAACUUGGAUUCGCUUCAGUAAUGUACUUAAUGCUGCUCUCCACUUCCCUAACCUUUUCACUGCAGUCAUGUAACAUCAUUAGGGCAACACAAAUAUAUUCAUCUUACCACAACACAGACAAUAUUAUGUGGUGGUGAAAGUCUGUCUCGUAUUUUUAGACACUUCUGUCCUUCACCUCCACUAUUUCAAAAGGCUUUAUCUAAAUUUACUCAAGUCUUUUAAGUAAUUUUUAAGAUUCUGGAGCAGAGUGACAAGGUUUUCACAUUAUUAACUGGAGAAACACUCUUAAAAACCUGGCUAAUCAUCUCCCUAGCCUUGAAAAAUAAUCUUGGUGAGAGAGAGGAGCAUUUUUUAAGGUGUUUUUAUAGUCCUGGAGGCAGAGUGCCAAGGUUUCUGCUUUAUUAAGUGGAGAAACACUGUUGAAAACCCCACUAGUCAUCUCUGGCCUAGAAAAAUAGUGGUGGUGAGAGUUGAAACCAUUUCUUAAUACCAAUGAAAGCACUCCAUCACCUCUACACGCCCACAUUAUCUUGAAAUUUUGCUUUAGAACUGCACUGCUUAAGUACAGAAAAACAACAGCAGUCACCAGUUGAAAUGUGAGGCGAGGCAGACAUCACAGCUAAGACUAGACACUAUUACACUGACUAACCACAACUUACUGAGAAAAUAAUGUAUAAAUUUUACCAUGGCAAUGAAAAGGUUAGGGAGGACAGAAGCAUUAUAGAUAUUAACACUGCACCAUUCACAGUACGAGCAUAAGGGAAGCUGUAAGAAGCUGUUUGGCUGACACAUGGCAGUCCUUGUGUGAUGCUGCACUGAGAUGGCCUGAAAGGAAGGGAAGUAAAAUGAAGGGAGUGUAUGUAUGUGUAGGUAAUAGUUUGUGGUGCUACAGACAGAGGCAAGGUGGCUGGCGGGCUGCUUGAUGAUAAUGUAUGUCGUCCUAGGUUGUGUGCCUUCCAUAACUUGUUGAUUUGUGGCAAAGUCUGAUCUGUUGCUUCAGGAUAGGCAAUGAUAAAAAAAGAUAAUAAAGUUUACAUUCAA